GCUUGCCAAAAAGCUACUCUGAUCCAAAGAACAGAAGAGUUGUCAGCACUGGUGGGAGAUACAGGAGGGGAAGGAUUAGAUGUGAGACAGCUACACAGCUACAUGCAGAGCACGAGGCUCUGGCUCCCGUGAGCAGCUGAACAGGUCUUGGUGAGUAGCUCUUCCAUGAGCUUGUUUACUUUCCUUUUUAAUCCGUUCACACUUAAUAAUUGCAGCAUCCCAUGGCAAAGAAUUCUGUCCAUACCAAUAAUCUUCAAGUGCUUCAACCAAAAGGCAGGUGUCCAAAGGGCUGGGAAUGCCCUGCUCUCUGCCAGAGGGGGGGAAGUGGUGGAUAGACAGGUUAGAUGUUGGAAUAAAUGAGCAGGGAGCACUGGGACAGGCCUCUGCAGGAGUCUGUUUUGCCUGCAGUCAUGGUGCCUUUGGGAACAGUUGGAGUAACAGUUCUCCAGGCAGUUGUUGGAUGGUGCUGAUACGGAGACAGAGAGUGGGUGAUUUCUAAAGGUACUUUCCAGUUUGCUGUGUUUAUGAUGAGGUUUUGGUUGAAUCAUGUCAUAGUGCUGUAGGUUGUGGUAUCCUUAGGGAGUGCAGAGGUGUCCCAUGUCCCUGCUCACUGCAGGGGGUGGACCAGGGGACCUCUAAAGGCCCCAUUCCAGCCCCAGCCAUUCUCUAAUGGUUGCAAAUAAUAAAUUGGGACUUAUUUCCAAGAACAGCGACCUGUGAGACCAGUCCUGUUGUUUGCAGAGAGCUGGUGUGUGCUGUUCAGGAUUCAGAAAUAAAAUUUAUUUAAAAAACAAACCCCCAAAAACUUGAGAAUGGUUUUGUGGUUGUGAGGCAAACCACUAAAUUCUGUCAAAGCAAUGGUACUUUCUUAGCCUAAAAUGAAAGGUCUAUAAUUGAGAAUUCUGAAGAUUUGAAUCUGAAUUACAAUGGUCCUCUAAAAAUAUUUUUAAAGUAAAUAUGAUGAAGUUUUCUUGUUAUAGAAAAUGUGACAACUCUGUGAGAAAUCUGGGUAAAAUUUGCAUUAGGGAAUAUCUGAGUUUUAGAUCUGCAUUUAAUGGGUCAUUCCUGGACACUUGGAGUGUCUGUUUAUGGCUCUAUUCAUGAUGGGGAUUUUCUUGUAAAUGUCCCAAAUAAAUGGAUUUGAUGAUACAGCCUUGGGAGUGUUGCCUGGGGGUUCAUUUCCCCAUUUGUCCCUUUUGCUGUCAGUAUGCAUCAGCACUCUGGUGAGAUUGUAUCAUUCUUGUCUCUCAGGAGCCAUUACCUUUUCUGGAGACGAUUAUAAAUUACUGGGAGUUGAUUUAUCAGAGCUGUCUGAGCUAGAGAGAGCCCUGGAGGAAGCAGGACUGGACAGUGAGAUCCCCACCCUCUUCCUGGCAGAGGUGGUGCUCACUUACAUGGAGAACAGCAGGUCGGAUGCCUUGAUUCAGUGGGCAGCAGAGCAGUUCCCUCGGGCAUGCUUUGUGCUGUACGAGCAGAUGCUCCCCCAGGACCCCUUUGGCCGUGUCAUGCAGCAGCACUUCAGGCAGCUCAGCUCUGCUCUCCUCUCCCUGGCUCUGUACCCCGACCGCUCCGCGCAGCAGCAGCGCUUCCUGCAGAAGGGAUGGACUGAGUGCAGUGUCAUGGAUAUGAAUGAGUUUUUCACCUGCUGUACUCCAGAAGAUGAGCAGCAAAGAAUGCAAGCUCUGGAGCCUUUUGAUGAAUAUGAGGAAUGGCAUCUGAAAUGUUCUCAUUACUUUGUCUUGACUGCAUCAAAAGGGAUGGAACCUUCCUGGACUCCAUUGUCAUCCAGUAUGACAGGUCCCCGUGGUGGUGGCCCCAUCAGGACAGCUGGCAGUGUUCCUGCAGCAGCCUGUGCAGCACAGACGGGGACUCUGGGCCUGAGGCGCUACGGCCACCGCUCGGUCCUCAUCAGACCCAACGUGAUCCUCACCACGGGGGGCUUUGGGCAGGAGGGUGGGCAGCACUGCCGCAUGAGGAGCUUCCAUGUGCUGGCUGAGCAUGCAGGCUGCUGGAAAGCUGGCUGCUGGAGAGAGGAAGAUCCUGACAGGAGAUGGGACGGGCGGUUGUACCACACCGUGUCGUGUCUCUCGAGCAGCCUGGCCCUGGUGGUAGGAGGACGAACAUCCCCAGCUCGUGCAGGAUUGGGAAUGUUGUGGCUGAAGUUCCCUGACACUUGCAGUGCUUUGGACCCAGGGGACAUUACAGUGGAGCUUGUGAGCCUGCAGCCUGCUGCUGAACCAGCUGUUCGGCGCUGGAGACACAGCACAACUGAAGUGAUGUUCAGAGGGGAGAGGUACCUGUUUGUGUAUGGUGGCCGCUCUGCUGAGAAGCCUGUGCUGGGGGACUGGCAUUUCCUUCACAUUCCAGGACUUGCCUGCACUGUGGUUCCAGUUGGGGGUCCGGUGCCAGAGAGCCGUCACUCGCACAGCGCCUGCAGCUGGGGCGGGGGAGUGCUGAUUGCAGGGGGCCUGGGGGCAGCCGAGCAGCCCUUGGGGUCCAUCUUCUUUCUGAGGGAGCUUGAGCAUGGCUUUGGGUGGCAGGCAGUGGAGACUCACCCUGCUCUCAUCCCCAGGUAUUCCCACACGGCACACGUGCACGAGGGGAGACUUCUGCUAGUGGGAGGAGUGUGGCUUCACUCUCCUGAAGUGCCAGGCCUCACCAUCAUUGACUUAACGACUGGUCUUUGCUUGGACUACACCAUUGAUGUGGAGCAUCUGGAGUGGCCGUUAAUGGUGCAUAAUCACAGUAGUGUCUUUCUGCCAGAUGAGAAGGAGCUGUUGCUUAUUGGUGGUGGUGGGAACUGCUUCUCCUUUGGGACACACCUGAACCCAGAACCUGUCUCGUUGAAUCUCAGCAACAUCCUGACCAAGCAGGGCUGAACUCAAUCUCCAGAGGUCCCUUCCAACCCCUGACAUUCUGUGCUGCUGCAUGGUGGUGGGCAGCUGAGAGCAGCACAAUGUUCCCACAAUGUUGUAUAUCCAGAGUGCAUUUGGAAAGGUGGGAUUAGGAGGGACAGUUAUGACAAGGGGUUGCUUACCUCAUCUGUUUAUUUGUACUACUCUUUGUGUUGCUGUAAAUAAAGUCUCUCAGAAGUA